ACACAGUUGAGUCCAUGCUUUCAGACUACGACAUCCUUUCUCAGUCUAGCAUCCAGCAACACUCACUGAAGAAGAGGGACCUCCAGCCUGAGACACAUGUAGAGAGGCUCUUAAGUUUUUCAGCCCUGCAAAGGCACUUUAAAUUAUACUUAACUGCAACUGCUGAACACUUUUCAGAAAAAUUUGAAGCAUUAAUUGUGGAUGGUGAAGGCAAGGAAAAGGACUAUCGUGUUCAAUGGCAAGACUUUUUCACCGGACAUGUCGUUGGAGAGCAUAAUUCCAAGGUUGUGGCCCAUAUUGGGGAUGAAGAUUUUACGGUGAGAAUCAAUACUGAUGGAGAAGAAUACAAUAUAGAGCCACUGUGGAGAUUUGUAGACAAUGUGCAAGAUGAAAGACUGCUGGUCUACAGAUCUGAAGAUAUUAAAGAUUUCUCACGAUUGCAGUCCCCCAAAGUGUGUGGUUAUUUAAAGCUGAACGAAGAAGAACUGUUGCCAAAAGGACUGGAAGACAGGAAGCAAAAUGAAGCAAGCAUCCAUCGGAAGAAAAGAACUGUUCCAGAGAGCUCCAAAAACACGUGCAAGAUGUUGGUAGUGGCAGAUCAUCGUUUUUUCAAGUAUAUGGGCCGUGGGGAAGAGAGUACUACUAUAAACUAUUUGAUUGAACUGAUAGACAGAGUAGAUGACAUCUACCGAAAUACUUCCUGGGACAAUGGAGCCUUCAAUGGGUACGGCAUACAGAUAGAGCAGAUUAUCAUCCACAAUGAGCCAAAUCUUGUAAAACCUGGAGAAAAGCAUUACAAUAUGGCAAAAAGUUACCCAGAUGAUAAGAAAGAUGCCUGGGAUGUGAAAAUGCUGCUAGAGCAAUUUAGCUUUGAUAUUGCUGAGAAAGCAGCUCACGUGUGUCUUGCCCAUCUCUUCACAUAUCAAGAUUUUGACAUGGGAACACUUGGAUUGGCUUAUGUUGGCUCUCCCAGACCUAAUAGCCAUGGUGGCAUUUGUCCUAAAGCUUAUUACAGUCAAACUGCAAAGAAGGACAUCUAUCUGAACAGUGGCUUAACCAGCACCAAGAACUAUGGGAAGACCAUCCUCACAAAGGAGGCCGACCUGGUUACAACACAUGAACUCGGACAUAACUUUGGAGCAGAGCAUGAUCCUGAUAGUCUGCCAGAAUGUGCCCCCACCGAAGACCAGGGAGGGAAAUAUGUUAUGUAUCCAAUUGCUGUCAGUGGAGAUCAUGAAAACAACAAGAUGUUCUCAAGCUGCAGCAAAAAAUCCAUCCAUAGGACCAUAGAGAUCAAGGCCCAGGAGUGCUUCAAAGAGCGCAACAACAAAGUGUGUGGGAACUCCCGGGUGGAUGAAGGGGAGGAAUGCGAUCCUGGCCUCUUGUACCAACAGGCUGAUCCCUGCUGCUCUGCAGACUGUAAACUGAAAGAUGGUGCCAAAUGCAGUGAUCGGAACAGUCCCUGCUGUAAAGGCUGCCAGUUUGAAAGCGCACAGAAGAAAUGCCAAGAAGCCAUAAAUGCCACUUGUAAAGGAGAGUCUUUUUGCACUGGGAACAGCAGUGAGUGCCCCCCUCCAGGGAAUGCUCCAGAUGACACAGUCUGCGUGGACAUGGGGAAGUGCAAGGACGGGGAGUGUGUCCCUUUCUGCGAGAGGGAGAAGAACCUACGGUCGUGUGCGUGCAAUGAAACGGAUAACUCCUGCAAGGUGUGCUGCCGGGACGAGCAGGAUAGGUGCAUACCAUACGUUGAUGCUAACGACCAGUUUCUGUUCCUGCGCAAGGGGAAGCCUUGUACUGUGGGCUUCUGUGAUACAAACGGCAAAUGUGAGAAACAAGUACAGGAUGUGAUUGAACGAUUUUGGGAUUUCAUAGAUCAGCUCAGCAUCAAUACUUUUGGAAAGUUCCUAGCGGAUAAUAUAGUGGGCUCUGUGCUGGUCUUCUCCUUACUUUUUUGGAUUCCUCUCAGCAUCCUUGUGCAUUGCGUGGACAAGAAAUUGGACAAGCAGUACGAGGAGAACACAAAGUCCCUGUUUUGCCCCAGU